AUAUGAAGAUGAGAUCAACAAGCGUAACGAGUGCGAGAACAACUUUGUUCUUAUGAAAAAGGACACAGACGCUGCCUACAUGGUCAAAGUGGAGCUGGAGGCCAAAGUGGACGGGCUCUCUGAUGAGGUGGAGUUCUUGAGGCAGCUCUAUGAUGCAGAAAUUAACGAGCUGCAGACCCAGAUCAGGGACGUUUCGGUCGUGGUGGAGAUGGACAACAGCCGUGAUCUUGAUAUGGACGCCAUCAUCGCUGAAGUGCGAGCUCAGUACGAAGAGGUCGCCAACAGGAGCCGAGCUGAAGCUGAGUCGUGGUACCAGAACAAG